AUUGAUGACAGUCUAAGACAGUUUGCAGAGGAAUUGCAUAUAUUGUGGAAAACAACUAGGAAGAAAAUGGAUCCAAAAAUCAAAGACGAAGAAGAAAAGUAUUCCAUAAUAUACGUAGAAAAUCCGGUGGUAGUGCCUGGUGGUCGCUUUAGAGAAUUUUAUUAUUGGGAUUCAUACUGGAUCGUUCAAGGUCUAUUAUUAUCUGAAAUGCAUCACACGGUUAAAGGUAUGCUUGAAAACUUUUUGGGUUUAGUGGAUAAAUUUGGUUUUGUGCCCAACGGUGGACGUAUAUAUUACGAGCGUUCGCAACCACCACUUUUGACGCCAAUGGUGAAAAGUUAUUUUGAUAAAACAAAUGAUUUAGAGUUUUUGAAGAAUCAUACGCAUACUUUGGAGAAGGAACUUAAUUUCUGGUUGUCGAACGCAAUAACUGUACCUGCUCAUAAUAGAAAUUAUACUGUUGCUGUGUAGCCAGACUUUCCUGGACCGAGACCAGAGUCGUACAGGGAGGAUGUGAUGAGUGCAUUUUUCAACGAAGCUGAUAGAGAGAAACAUUACAAACAACUGAAAUCUGCCGCCGAGUCUGGCUGGGAUUUCUCAUCGAGAUGGUUCGUGGCAAAGGACAAUACCCAUAAUGGCAAUCUGACCGAUUUGAAGACCAGCACCAUCGUCCCAGUUGACCUGAACUCCAUUAUCCAAUGGAAUGCCCGACUAAUUUCAGAGUUUUACUGCAUCCUAGGAAAUAAAUCGAAGCACGAGUAUUAUAAGAAAGUUGCUGAAGAAUUUAAAGAAGUUUUAGACACCUUAUUGUGGAAUGAUGAAUAUGGUGUUUGGAUGGACUACGAUUCAGAAAAUAGAAUAUCGAGACCUUAUUUCUACCCUUCGAAUCUUGCUCCUUUGUGGACUCAAAGUUAUAAGGACGUUGAGUGUGGGAGUGGUAAAAGUUUGGGAGUAGACAAGAAUGUGCAGGAUAGGAUUGAGAGGGUUUUGCGGUAUUUAAAUAGUCCAGAUGUAGCAAUAAAAAGCUACCCAGGUGGUGUACCAACCACUUUAUUGAAUACAGGAGAGCAAUGGGACUUCCCAAAUGCCUGGGCACCUCUUCAGCAUAUGGUGAUCCUGGGAUUGGACAGCACAGAUAAUCAGGAAGCUAAGGAUUUGUCAUUUGAUCUUUGCCAGAAAUGGGUCCGAUCAAAUCAUAAAGCUUACUUGGAAACGAAUCAUAUGUAUGAAAAGUAUAAUGCCACACAUGCUGGGGCACCAGGAAAUGGCGGAGAAUAUGAGGUCCAGCUUGGUUUUGGCUGGACGAAUGGUGUCAUAUUAGACCUUCUUAAUAAAUACGGAGAUCGACUGAGCUCUACAUCAAAUUCGCUCACAUCAGGAGUUUUAUCAAAGGUUUGUCAAAAUUCAGCGAACUCUUGUACAAGAUACUCGUUUAGCAAUGUCGUAGCAUUCUGCAUUUUCAUUUGGUACCUCCUGACUGCUCACCAAUUGACCCAAGAAGAUAUGUAA